CGGGCCGGGCUAGGGAGCGCCGCCGGGAUACCGAGGGCAGCCGGGAAACGGAGCCGAGGCGGCGGCCCCGCCGGUGAUGCGCACUCCGCAGGGGCUGCCGGCCCGCUGAGGUCGGUGCGAGGAGCGGCGGCGGCUGCGCGGCCAUGCCGUGCACCUGCGGGAACUGGCGGCGAUGGAUCCGGCCACUCGUGGUGCUGCUCUACAUCGUGGGGCUGCUGGUGGUGGUGCCGCUUUGCGUGUGGGAGCUGCAGAAGCUGGAGGUUGGAAUUCAUACCAAGGCAUGGUUUAUCGCUGGGAUAUUUCUGCUAAUGACUAUUCCAAUAUCUCUCUGGGGAAUACUGCAACACUUAGUCCAUUAUACUCAACCUGAGUUACAGAAACCAAUAAUAAGGAUUCUGUGGAUGGUGCCGAUUUACAGUUUAGACAGUUGGAUAGCUUUGAAAUACCCCAAGAUUGCAAUAUAUGUGGAUACAUGUCGAGAAUGCUAUGAAGCUUAUGUCAUCUAUAACUUUAUGGUUUUUCUUUCAAAUUACUUAACCAACCGGUACCCAAACCUGGUGUUAAUAAUAGAGGCGAAAGAUCAGCAGAGACAUCUGCCCCCUCUUUGUUGCUGUCCCUCGUGGGCUAUGGGAGAAGUGUUAUUAUUUAGAUGUAAACUGGGUGUUUUGCAGUACACUGUUGUCAGACCAUUUACUACCAUCAUUGCUUUAAUUUGUGAACUGGUGGGAGUGUAUGAUGAAGGAAACUUCAGCUUCAACAAUGCAUGGACUUACCUAGUUAUACUCAACAACAUGUCACAACUAUUUGCCAUGUAUUGUCUAGUGCUGUUUUACAAAGUACUGCGUGAGGAACUGAACCCUAUCCAGCCUGUUGGCAAGUUCCUUUGUGUGAAGAUGGUAGUUUUUGUUUCUUUCUGGCAGGCUGUGCUCAUUGCAUUGCUGGUGAAAGUUGGUGUUAUUUCUGAGAAACACACCUGGGAUUGGCAAAGUGUGGAAGCUGUGGCUACAGGCUUACAGGAUUUUAUCAUUUGUGUGGAGAUGUUUCUGGCUGCUAUUGCACAUCACUACAGUUUUUCCUAUAAACCUUAUGUUCAAGAGGCUGAGGAAGGCUCAUGCUUUGACUCCUUCCUUGCAAUGUGGGAUAUUUCUGACCUAAGGGCAGAUAUCUCCGAACAGGUUCGAAAUGUGGGGAGGACAGUUUUGGGCCAGCCAAGGAAAAUGUUUUUUGCUGAGGAUCAUGAACAAAAUGAGCAUACAAGUUUACUGUCUUCAUCUACUCAAGAUCCAAUUUCUGAUGCUUCUUCAAUGCCAUCUUCGCCCAUGGGUCACUAUCAGGGGUUUGGACACACUGUGACCCCUCUCACAACACCGACGACAGCCCCUGCAGUGGAUGGGAUUUUUAACCCUUCUGCCAGUCAGGAUGCUGAGGAAUCCCCUGAACUAGAGAAUAACUUGGCAGACAAAGCUCUGGAAAAAAGUUAAACUUGCCUUUUCUUUGAAUGUGUCAAGGAGUCAUUACAUACUUGCCACACGUGUCCUGUUAACGCAUACUGUUAAGGAUGGAAGUUGGAAAGCUUGGGAAAGCUGCUGCAUGGACAGGAAGAGGAUAUGGCAUGGCUAUAACUGACAUCUGAAUCCAGAAUCUAUGAUGGAUGUGAGCAUCUGUGAGUACCCCAUGGAUAUGAAACACGCACACUGUAAAGGUUUCUGCAUAAAUUUAAGCAUCAUCUCCUUAAACUGCUAAAUGCUUCCACAUCAUAUCAAAGUUACACUGAAUUUCAUUAGUGCAAAAGAAACAUUAAAAAAAAAAUCCUCUGCGCAUAUAAAAAUGAAGUGCAGGUACUACUAGCAAUGGGAAAGCCUAAUUUCAGGAAUGUAUUUUAAGGAGAGCAGUAGCAAAAACUGUUUGUGUUAACUUUGCUUGUCUUAAUGAUGGUUAACUUCCACAGCCAGUGCUGAAUGGAAUGUGAAUGGGUGAAAUGAUAGCUUCUGUACAGAUGCCACCUUCUUCCCAUUCCUACAUAGCUAAAUCAAGUCCCUUAUGAAGAUAGUUACUACCAAGCAUUAGUAAAGAAUCUCUACAAAGAAAACAUUCCCUGCAGGCCUUGCUAUCAUGCCCAGAUCAUGUGGUUGGUGUAUCUGUUGUCUUUGAGGCUCAUAGUUUGUAAGUCUUUUAUAUCCAGAAGAGACAGCCAGGAUGGUAGGUUUUGGAUUAAUACUUUACCUUGACUAUUCUUUUCCCUAGCCUUCUAAAAAUAAGAAUCAUGGUUACUUACCUUAAAAUACAUGGAGGGGGAAUGAAGGAUAUUGAAAAGGAAGUAGAAAACAAAACUGAUUUCUUUAUUUUGGGCUGCAGUAAGUUCUUUAACACUUAAGUUUUUUUAAGCUGUUAAAGCAGGAUAUCUUCUGUCUGUAGUAAUUUGUGUUCUUAAAUUUGUGUCCGUGUGUGAUUGUAUUAUGCUUCUAGUAUAGCCUGGAUUCAAAUGUAAUUGCUAAUUUUUUCCCCAGAGAAGAUCUUUGCUGAGGUAAAACUAUGUAGUAAUCUAAUAACAGAGUUACUAGGGCUAGAUUUCAGCCCAAGAAGCAGUACACUUGUAUCAAAAUGUUACUUUGCAAAAACUGACACUGUCAGUUUUUUGUUUUUAUCCCAUUAUCAGAUUUUUACUAUUAUUGCAUGUUUUCAAUCUGACAAAAACAACCAAACCAGUAGAGUACUACUUUUUAAAUGACAAGAUCUUAAGUUUCUUUUUCAGCAUUGUUAGCAUUUCCAGGAUAAAUGUUUAGCUUCUGGCUGUCAGUAAAUUCAUCUUAAGUGCUUCUUUUGCAGUACUAGUGUGAUGUAAAUAUUGCGCCUUACUCACUAGGCUGCAUAUUUUAUAGCUGAGUAUGUACUUGCUGUAUCUGAAGUUAGUGAGAAAGUGAAAAUCAUGAUUUUCCAUAUGCCAACUCAUUGCCUUUGUUGUAAAUAAGCAAUUAAAGAUUUUAUUUAAACGGUUCA